AUGAACGCUGACACCUUCCGUUAUAUGGGCGAUGCGGUCAAAAACGCUCGAUAUGUCCGACUAGAUUUGGGUAUCUGGAUUAUCAGUCAAUCUCUUCUGUUGUACGACUACCUCUGCACCCUCAAAUCCGAAGUCGAAUUCGUGUGGCCGUGUCCAUGGUCCAUGGGCGUCCUUCUCUUCUACCUCAAUCGUUACCUGCCUCUCGUCAAUUUUGUUCUCGUCAUCGAAAUUUACCCCUAUGCCGGCCAAGUCGUGCGGAUAUGUGGCUCCCGCUGGUUAACUACUGGUAGUUUGCUGGCAUCCCAAAUUAUUAUUGUUCUACGCACCUACGCAGUUUGGGGACGUCGGCGCUUGAUUUUUUACAUCCUCAUACUUUGGAUCCUUGUUUUUCCUGGAACGAUGGUUGUCCUUGGCGGUAUAGUUACACACGAUAUACUCAAACGGGCUUCAGAGCUGCCUGCGAACCUGACCCAGAAGAUGACUUGUUCCACAAAUUUCCAAAACGCGUAUGUGGGGAUCCUUAUUUUUUACAUUAUGAUCUUCUCCGGUGAAUUUGUCAUUGUAGUAUUGACUGUCAUCAAGGCAAAACAGCAUAUGAGGAUACCGUCUCCUUCAUGGGUCCGUGGACUGUACAAAAAUGGUAUUUUGCAAUGUGCUUGCAUGAUGGGUUUUAGCCUGUUAAAUUCGGUGAUAAUGUUCAAAGGGACGGCGGGAAUCAAGAUGAGCAUCGUACCUAUUCAAUGCAACCUGCACUCCGUUUUCUGCAAUCGCGUCAUCUUCCUUCUCCUAAAGCACCGACGGUCCCAAAUGCAUGGACCCGCAAUCGAGGACCGGCACCGACAAUCGGGGACCUUGUACAUAUUUACCACCGUUCACGAGGAUGUCGACGAUACCUUCCACCUGCAGCCAGAGGAAGAAGAAUUCAGAUGGCAGGCGCGAGCCGAGCGGGAGUGGAUCCGAUGA